CACUUCCUUACAGAUAUAUUUCCCUGCAGCUGUGUGUUCAGAGUGGAAGUUCCUUGGUGGUCAGACACAGUACCAGAAUGAGCAACUGGGUGGUUAACGAAGGACUCUCCAUCAUUGUUAUUCUGGCAUGGCUUGGACUGAAUGCAUACCUAUUUUGGAAUUUUUACCUUGUCUAUGAUGAAGGUCCACGAUAUAUCUAUUCUAGAGAGAUUUAUGGGUCAGCCCUAGCCUGGGCCAGAGCCCCAGCAGCGUGCCUGAACUUUAACUGCCUGCUCAUCUUACUGCCAGUAUGUCGAAACCUUCUUUCCUUUCUCCGUGGAUCAAGUGCGUGUUGUGGGAGAAGUAUACGAAGACAGCUGGAUAGGAACCUCACUUUUCACAAAAUGGUGGCAUGGAUGAUUGCCUUGCAUACAGCUAUACACACUGUGGCCCAUUUGUUUAAUGUGGAAAGACUGGUGGACGCCAGGGUGGAAGCGAAUGGCACAAUUGUAGCUGCUCUUACCGACCUUGGGGACAGGAAUAAUGAAUCCUACCUUAACUUUGUCCGAUCAAGAGUACCAAAUCCAAUAGGAGGAUUAAAUGUGGCAUUUACCUUUCUUGCUGGCCUCACUGGAGUAAUAAUUACAUUGGCUCUUAUUCUAAUAAUUACUUCUUCUACAAAAACCAUUCGCAGGUCAUAUUUUGAAGUGUUUUGGUAUACACAUCAUCUCUUUGUCAUUUUCUUCAUUGGUCUUGUUAUACAUGGAGUUGGGAAGAUAGUACGAGGACAGACUGACAAAAGUCGUGAAGUUCAUAAUCCAGAUAUCUGCAAAAAUAAUUAUACUCAGUGGGGUCAAGAUCCGAAAUGUCCCAUACCCCAAUUUGAUGGAAACGAACCAGUGACAUGGAAAUGGGUAGUAGCACCAAUGGCUCUAUACGUCAUUGAAAGACUCAUCCGAUUUUGGAGAUCACAACAAAAAGUUGUAAUUACAAAGGUUGUUACACAUCCUUUUAAGACAUAUGAACUGCAGAUGAAAAUGAAGGGCUUUAAAAUGGAAGUUGGUCAAUAUGUCUUUGUACAGUGUCCUGCAGUAUCCAGUCUGGAGUGGCAUCCUUUCACAUUGACCUCUGCCCCAGAAGAGGACUUCUUCAGCAUUCACAUUAGAAUAGUUGGAGACUGGACGGAAGGGUUAUUUAAAGCCUUGGGAUGUGACAAGACUGAAUCUCAGGAAGCUUGGCAGCUGCCUAAAAUUUUAAUUGAUGGUCCCUUUGGAACAGCAAGUGAGGAUGUGUUCGACUAUGAGGUUGCUAUGCUGGUUGGAGCAGGAAUCGGAGUUACUCCAUUUGCUUCUGUCUUGAAGUCUGUCUGGUAUAAAUACUGCAACAAUGUGUCAACUCUAAGGUUAAAAAAGAUUUACUUCUAUUGGCUGUGUCGAGAAACCCAAGCAUUUGAAUGGUUUGCUGAUUUGCUACAAUCCCUGGAGUCUCAAAUGCAGGAGAGGAAUAAUGCUGAUUUUCUCAGCUACAACAUCUACCUUACUGGAUGGGAUGAAAGUCAGGCCACUGCAUUCUCAUUGCACCAUGAUCAAGAGAAGGAUGUAAUCACUGGUCUUAAGCAAAAGACCUUGUAUGGAAGACCCAACUGGGAAAUCGAAUUUAAGAACAUUGCCAGCGCACAUUCGAACUCCAGAGUGGGUGUCUUUCUGUGUGGACCUGAAAAUCUUGCCGAAACCCUCAGUGGCCUGUGCAUUGGAAACUCCAGUGGGGACCCCAGGGGCAUUCACUUCAUCUUCAACAAGGAAAACUUCUAAACUUAAACUUGUACAUUUUCAAAGGAAAACAAAUGUUAUACUUUUGGCUCUAUAUGAAAAACACAUCGAUCUUACAUUUAAGAGCACGGUGUAUAGUCUCCAGCAAUACUAAGAGCAAUAUUAUACUUCGCCAGCACUGAACUUUGCUAGUAACAGUGUUGGAGCAAAGAUUAAAACAUUUGGUGGGUGCAGCCAUUUAAGAAUUAUUAAAAUAAUAUGUAACAUACAUUAUGGGCCUGUUACAGAUUCGAGGCUGGCAUUUUCAGGCUUUGAAGAUGAAUUUUAAUUGCAUGUAAAUCAAGUUAAAACCCUCUGAGCUAGUGUUUCUGAACCUUUUUUCAGUCGUGACACCCUUUAAAAAUAUACAAAAUCUCAAGGUACCCCAGUCUAAAAUGUAAAAAUGUUAAAAGUUACUUAUCAAUGAAACCUCGU